GGUAACAUGAGCAGGGUCUCCUCUACUGUGUUUUGGUGGAUUAUAAUCUCUGUGUGGAUGUUGAUGACUUCCAGAGGAGAUACUGAGGUUUCCUGUGUUUUAAUGCAGAAAUGCAUGCUGCCAUGCAGUUCCCAGGAUGUCACUCAAAUUAUCAUUCACUGGUUUAAGAUGUCAGGAGACAUUCUUGUCCACUCCUUCUAUAACAACAAAAACCAGCAUGGAUAUCAGGACCAGAGAUUCAGAGACAGGACCUCUCUGUUCAAGGACCAGAUCUCCAAAGGAAAUGUCUCACUGCAACUGGCAGGGGUCAAGGUUCAGGAUGAGGGCAGAUACAAGUGCCACAUCAGCACCCUUCAGGGAAACAGAGACUCAUUUAUCAACCUAAAUGUUAACGCUCCAGUCCAAAAAGUCAACAUUCAGCAAACAGGAAACCAGAUGACCUGCAGCUCAGAGGGACUCUACCCUAAACCUAAUCUCACCUGGACCACCAGCCCUCCAUCCAACAUGUCCCUCCAGUAUAAAACCACAGCCCAGGAGACUCAACAGCUUCUUUACAACAUCAAUAGUUCUCUGAUGGUGUCAGAGAGAGUUAAAGAUCUGGACUACAGCUGCACUAUCAGCACACACAGAAACAGGAAGCGAGCCACUUUGAGUCGAGCAUCCUCAGUUAUCAGUAGCUACACUGAAACAACGCUCCCCUGCUCGUCUUCAAACACUUCUCUGAGAAAACUCCUUUGGAGAUUCAACCACGGUCAGAUCAUCCUGACAAAGACUGGGCCUGAUGCUAAAUACACAGUGUCAGAGAGGUGGAAGCAGCAUGUGAGAGGUGUGUCAGAGUCAGGCAGCCUCACACUGCAGAACUUAUCUGCAGAUCAGGAGGGAACAUACACAUGUGAACUCAGUGAUGCUUCGGAGACAAUAACGACUAAUAUCUUUGUGAAGCUAAAUCAAGGGAACUCAACCAAUAUUGAAAGUGCCAUAGGAUGGGUGUUUGCAGUGGUUCUGGUUGGAGCAGCAGUCGCUGGUUUGGUAUUGUUCUGUAAAAAGAAAAGAGGUCAACAAGAAAACCACAGAAGGUCAAAGUCCGUUAAUAAUGUAGAUGCUGAAUUGCAAGAACUCAGUGGAGACGAUUCUAAUCUUAGAAAAAAAAACCCAAACAGAACCUGACCAACCAACAACUGUUUAGGACAGUUGGGACCACAUUAAAGGGAAAAAACAGAAGGAUACUAUUAAUUUAAAAGAGCUAAAUGUUGAAAGUAAAACGAAAAUAUUUUUCUUAAAUAAUGUCCAAAUGUUGGAAAUGUAUUUGAAAUACCUCAGUGAAAAGAAAUUGAAAUAAUUGUCUAGAUAAUCAUAAAAAGUGUA